AAGCAAUAUAAAGAGAAUGUUGGAACAGAAAAUCAUUGAGCUACAAUACACGUCUUUAAAUCACUUGUAGCAGCAGAAUUCUAGACAGGAGAACACCGAUUCCCUAAGGAUGAGGCACAAACUGGCCAUUGGUUUCCUUCUCUUCGCUCAACUGCACAGUGUUCUGACUAAGUCCCAUUACACUCACCUGGGAACCCCUUGUCUUACUGAUUGUGAGAAAAAGAAUAAUAUAUACUCAUGCAUAACUCCUCAGAGAGAUGGCCAUUAUGCUUCCAUGUAUUGUUCCCCUGAAGAAGGACUUGACUAUCAAGGAAAGAAAUGCAAGCAGGAUAAACCAUGUAAUCAAUAUAGCAAUAAUUAUUACUGGUGUUACAUAGAAGGUUCGUGGACAGACUGGGGUUAUUGUGGAUUAGUGAAAACAUACUUGGAGCAUUUGACUGCAACAUAUCACAUUCCCUGCAUGGAUCAAUGUGAUCAAAGUGAAUCAACGUCUUAUUAUUGGUGUAAAACAUGGAAAGGUUGGGACUACUGCUCACCUAAACAAGACUUGGACAUGUAUGGAAACAAAUGCAAAUCGGACCAUCCCUGUGACUAUCAUGGUGACUCUACUAAAUACACAUGGUGCUAUUUAGAAAAUGGUAGCUGGGAAAAAUGUGGGAAGGUGUAUGAGAGAGAUUUAUUAUAUAUAAGCUCAUCAUACAAUCUCAUAUGUCAAGAUGAUUGCACCACAUACGGUUACAAUUAUUUUUGGUGCAAUACUUUGAAAGGAUGGGACUACUGCUCUCCAGUUCCAGAUGUAACCUACAAAAAAGAACCAUGCAGGUCAGAUCACAAAUGUGGACUGAAUGGUCAGAGCUACAAUUGGUGCUGGACUGAGAAAAGCUGGGACUACUGUGGGCCUAUAGCAGAGGGGGAGUGUGCCUAUACUGUGCAGAACAGAUACAAAGAAUCUUCAGUAGAACCAGGAAUUAUCUGUACAAUCACGGAUAGAGGGAACAGGAGACAGGUAAUAUUUUUCAUGCAGGCUACUACUGAUUUGUUAUUUAGUGGACCCUAUUUGAACACUGCUUACAUUCUCAUUUCUCGAUGGCAUAACGAUCUCCUGCCAGUUCAACCCCGAUCUAACCUAAUUGUUGAAGGUUCCCUCCGCAUUGAUCUUCAAGGAUUUAUUGUCAGGGAUGACAGGCGCUACUACAACCUCCAGAUACAAAUCAAUGGUCCAAGGCGUCCUGGACAAAGCACCAGUAUUGCCCAGAUUAUAAUUCCUACAGACCAAGAUAUACCUGAAAGAUAUUUCCGCAGAGCAUUUACUCAGAGUCUAUUUGAACGAGCUAGGGUUACAGUUGAAGUAAGAGAUUGUAGAAGCAACUGUUGAAAUGUGGAAUUUUUCCUUACUUAACUGUUCAGAUCAUACUUUAAAUUUGAUAACAUGUAAUCAUGUUUACAGAUUAUAUUUACAGAAAAGUUUAAACAGGCUGCAUUUUAAGAUUACCGAACUGAACAACAAUUACUUGAUGCAGGUUACACCUGAAGAAACCUGAGAAGGACUACUUGAAAGGUUCUUUCAACGACUGCUCCAUUCCACAUACGCAGUUUGUUAGAGAUAGUAUGCUUUUAAGAUAGACCAUAAUUGAAGGAAUCUGUCACUUUAAACAACAACAGACCCAUCAACAAGAGGAGAAGAGACUGGCAUGACAUUACUAUUGAUGCCAACCCACUGCACCUGGGGGACAAUUCCCCUGUCCAUCGUGUUCCCAGGACAACCCUAGCUGGGCUGCUCACACACCAGCAUACACACAGGACCGGGAGUGACAAUGAUGGAGAAAUGGAUGGACAGCAUCAUUGUUGGAUCAAUGGAUGGGCAUGACUGAGUGCAGAGUACAGUGGAACUCUUAUGUGCUAAUCAAGAUGCAAUUGUAUUGCCACUGUCCGGUGCCAAUGAUAACUGAGUAGGACUACUUAACCUCAUAUAUAAGAUUCUCUGGAUUGCCCUUUUCUUUCAACUUGUCCACUUAAAAUAUGUACCUAAAUUUUCAUUAAAGUUAAUCUUCUUCACACAUACAUAAACUAGU